CCCAUGCCUGUCUUGCCGCUUUACCUGUGUCCUCGCGAGACUGGACGUUUCCGAAGGGAGCGCGUAGUUCGGCCUGUCUGGAGCGGCGGUGUGCCGCUGGAAGAGGAGACGGGGCCCUCGGCGGCUGUUGGGUGGCGUAGGCCCUCCCCUCAGACCCAAAGAGAGCAAGGCGAAUAUCAAAAUGACAAAGAAAAGGAAACACCAAGAAGAUUUUCAUAAAGUGAAACUAAAAGUUGGAAAAAAGAAGCCUAAACUGGAAAAUGCAACUGAUACAAACUUCAAAACAAGGUCUAUACAUCUUCCUGAACAGCUUAGAGAAGAUGGAAUACUUCCAACAAACAACAGAAAGCUUAACAUAAAGGAUCUGCUUUCGCAAAUGAACCACUACAAUGCUGGAGUUAAGCAAAAUGCACUUUUGGGGCUUAAAGAUCUGCUAUCCCAAUAUCCAUUCAUAAUUGAUGCACACCUUUCAAGCAUACUGAGUGAGAUAGCAGCUGUCUUUACAGACAAAGAUUCUACUGUACGAACUGCAGCAAUCUCCCUCCUUCAGUUCUUGGCUCCAAAAGUAAGAGCUGAGCACAUUUUGCCAUUUUUCCCUUUAGUGAGUGCACACCUCUCCUGUGCCAUGACUCACAUCAGUGAAGGAAUUCAGGAGGAUUCAUUGAAGGUACUAGAUAUUCUGUUGGUGGAGUACCCCAGUCUCCUGAUGGAUCGCAGUAAUGUCUUGCUGAAUAACUUUGUAGAACUUAUUUCACAUCAGCAACUAUCAAAACAGUUGAAAAACAGAGAGAAAAUAUGCUGGAUGCUAUCUGUUAAUCCUAAUCGUAGAGUAACUUCCCAACAGUGGAGACUAAAUGUAUUGGUCAGGCUUCGAAAGUUCCUCCAGGUAAUGGUGGAAGGAUCUAGUGAACUAGAAACUGAUAUCGAAGGGCUACAUGAGCAGAAUGUUAAUCCCCAAGUUCACAGGAAUGCCUUGUAUAUGAAUUGGCAAGAACAUGCCAGUGGUCAACAGCGCAUCCAAUUGUAUGAAAAUGGCGGUGUGCAUCCCAGAACUAAUUCAUCAUUCAGGCUGAGGUCUUUGAUGAAUAUGACAGGCAGUGUUGAAAAAGGCCUAUCAUCCACUGACAAUUUAAAAAGAUUUAUUCAGGUAAUAAUUCCCUUGCUUCUUGAUUGUUGGACUGAAGCAUCCCCUGAACAUCUUACACCUCCCAUUCUUGGGAAUCUUCUGGAACCAGGAUCUCAUCAACUUAUGGAGCAAGUCCUUAAUAUCAUACACUUAUUGUGGCAGCUUGCAAAUCAAAUUGAAAAUCCACAUGAAAUGGAAGCAUGGCUUCGAACAAAUUACCUGACUGAUUUCAAACUUCAUUUCAUGUGUUGCUUCCCUUACUCUUUCCAAGAAACAAUCAAACACAGAAAGAGAGAGUCUUUGAAAAGCUCCAAAUACUGUAUGGUAUCUUCAAACAAUAUUGACCACCUUUUGUUGAAUUUAACCUUAUGUGAAAUCAUGGUCUCACUGGCUACUGCUUCAACACUGCAAAUGGAUUCUCCUUGGGUUGAUAUGAUUAGGAAGUUUGUGAUAGAGACCCUUCAAGAUGGCUGUAAGUUAAGCAGUAAGCAGUUGAUCAAAUUGCUUAGAGUGGCUUGGAGACUGUUACAGAUACAAAUAAACAAAGUGUCUUCAGAGACUUUAAUGAAAGCAGUGUAUACAUUUUACCAGCAACGAAACCUUCUCUUUCCUGUGCGCACAUUGCUUUUAAAAUUUUUUAGCAGAGCCUAUCAAAAAGAAGAAUUGAAUCUUCAUACAAACAGGAGCAGGAGUAAAGUAUUAACUCGUUGGCUGGCAGGUCUACCACAACAGCUUGUUCUACUUGGCUUGAGAAACCCUGAGCUUUCAAACCAGUUGAUUGGUACUAUUUAUUCUGCUGCUUCUCGGGCAAACAAUGAAAUCCUACAGAGUUUACAAGCUGCAGCUCCUCGGAUUUAUGAUCCACUAGAUGGUGCUGUGUCUCUUUUGCCAGAAGAAUCACAGAAACACUUAGUCCAGCUGGUUUACUUCUUGCCUCAUUUACCAGGCAGUUUGCUUUCUUCUCUCAGUCGCUGUUGCAUUAUGGGAAAGCUAUCCCUAAAGUUAUCUACAACUCUCAUUUGGAUACUACAUAUGAGAUCUUCAUUUGGGGGUUGGAAAUACCCAGUGCAAGGCAACUCAAUGACUGACAUGGAUUACUUCAGCUUCUUGUUUUCAACUCUUACAGGUUUUUCCAGGGAAGAGUUGACUAACCUUCAGAGUAUCAGGGGGAGACCACACAUAAGCCAAACACAGCUCUCCCCUGUCCACCUCUACCUGACUGAUUUGGAUCAAUUCUCAUUUCAUUGGGCUGUGACUGAGGUAGUGAGCCAGUGCCUCUCCACAUUACCGUCACGAAGUCAGUGCAUAGAUAUUGUACAAAGUGGCAUUUGUAAAUACCUGGCAGGAUUAACUGUAAUACCUGACAGCACUGCUGGAUCUAUUUUGUGUGCCAUUAGUAAGCUCAUGGAUCAAGGAUGCCUUCUGAAUGAAAAUCUCUCCAAGUUCCUAGCUGCUUUGUGUUGCAGUCUCCUUUUCCUUCUCUUAACAAUAGAGAGAGAAGAUUCAGAACACUUACAGAAGAGGGAUGUACUGUGGGGUGCCUGUAUUUCAGUGCUAACUACCUUGCCUCAGAUUUUGAGGCUGAUGCUGCUGAGCCUUCAAGUGAACAGAGUCUGUCGAGAAGAAUUGCCUGUCCUGGCACAGCUCCUGCGUUUGCUAAUGCAACAUAGGCAACUGCGGAGUCAUAUGGUGACCAAUGAACUUCUGAUGAAACAGAUCGUCAAAGAUAUGCUGGCACUGAAGAGUAGUGAAACUCAAGAGCAGUGGCUGACAGAUCUUCAUUACUAUUUCAGCAUAUACCUAGCCACACAUCCCCUGGGAACUGGGACAACUAACACAGUCUAUUAAGAAGAACAAUUGCAUUUAGUUGAAAAUGUUUUGUUUUCAUUUUGAUAUGACUACAAAAAUAAUUUUCUGUGGAAAUUAAAAUAGAUUUUGUAAA